UUCACGCUUGAUCUCUUCAUUUCUCUCUUUCUCUCUCUCUCUCUCUGUGUAAUUUUUCCUGGAAAUGAAGUUUGUAAGCUCGCGUACAAUCCUUGAAGGCAUCAAUUUUCAGCUUCGUCUGGGAAAUGUUUUGAGAACUUCCUCAUACUCAACCGCAACACGAAACCUCACAACAGAACGGAGAAGCUCGAACCCGUACUCAAACUCAAUGCGCGAUCUGUUCCUUCGUAUCACGCCGCUGGGAGACCCAACGGUCUCCAUUGUUCCCCUGCUCAAUCAAUGGGUCCAAGAAGGACGAACCGUAGAGAAAGAACAGCUCCAACUCUUCAUCAAAGAGUUGCGAUCCUUCAGACGAUUCACUCACGCUCUUCAGAUAUCUAUGUGGAUGACUGACAAAAGAUACCUUCGACUUACAGCUGGUGAUGUUGCCAUUCGGUUGGAUUUGAUUUCUAAAGUUCAUGGGGUAGAACAAGCAGAAAACUAUUUCAAUAACGUUCAAAAACAAUUUAGGAGCCUUCCUGUUUAUUCUGCUCUUCUCAACUGCUAUGCCAAUGCAAAAUCUGUGGAAAAAGCAGAGGCCACCAUGCAGGAAAUAAGUGAUUUGGGAUUGUUGCCUGUAGAACCACUGAUUUACAAUUCUAUGCUUAAUCUUUAUUAUAAGACUGGAAAUUACGAGAAAUUUGACUGUCUCAUACGUGAAAUGGAAGAAAAAGGCAUCGGUUAUAACAAAAGUUCAUUUUGCAUCCUUCUAAAUGCCUAUGCAGGUGCCUCCGAUGUUGAGGGAAUUGACAAGAUUGUAAACUUGAUGGAAUCCUAUCCCACUGUUCUCUUAGACUGGGAACUUUAUGCUACUGCAGCUAGUGGGUAUGCAAAAGCUGGGUUUUUGGACAAGUCUUUGCAAAUGCUGAAGAAAUCUGAGGGACUAAUAUCGCGUAAAAGCCACUCUAGUGCUGCUAAAGCAUACGAAAUUCUAUAAGACAGUAUGCAACAACUGGGCAGAAAAUGAAGUUUUAAGACUUUGGGAAAUCUACAAGAAGAAUUUUGCUGCUUACAAUAGAGGCUCAUAUCUAUCUAAAAUCUCUGUUAAAUUGAUGACCUGGAGAGUGCUGAGAAGAUUUUUGAGGAAUG